AUGAAUAAUCCAAAUUCCUCAACUGGAGAAACUAGUAUGACACUCGAUCAAUUAUUGGCUAAAAAUGGAAUAAAAGUUGCAGAUAAACAAUCAACUUCAACUUCUCAAGGAUCUCAUGUUAAUUUUUCUUUUACAGGACAAAAUGCUGGGAGAAACUUUGCACACCCUUCCGCUAAUUCUGGAAAUCAAGCUUCUUCAAGUGUUUGUAUUGCUGGAAUGAUUGAAUUGGCAAAUCGAACUAUCGUCGUCUUUCGCAACAAAACAUCAUCUACAGCUUCACAAAAUUAUUUUUCUGAAUGGAUUCUCAAAUCUUUUAAUUUGCCUGAAAAAUCAAUUAAAGAUAUUUCGCAAAUAUCCACUGUUCAGGAUUAUUAUGUUGUUUUUAUCGUUUUGAGUGAUAAGAGGUCGCUUGAAAGUAUUUUGGCUAUUUAUCGUUCUACGACUUUUAAUGCAAAUCAAUUCAUAAUCAUUCCUGCAAGUGAAAUUCUGAUUGAAGGAACAAUUGAAAUGCGUCGACAACAGCAAAAACAAAAUGGAGGGAAAGUCUCUAAUGAAAGUGUACCUAAUUUAAACACUUGCUUUUUGUCAUUACUUGGUCACAAUUUACCUCAAACAAGUUCUGGCCCGUCUUCUCAAAAUGUAAAUCAAAAUAGGCAGCCACAACCUGGACAACUUGACAGCAACAGAAUAUUGUGGGAAAACAUCGCGGCAGCGGUAGAUCAGCUUCUUUUUAGGCUUGUUUUUAAAUUGGGGGAAUUUUCUUUGGUUUUGUUUUUUAGUUUCAUUCCUUUGUUUACUGGUAGGAAAAUUAUAAGUGAAAAGAAGGGUUCAAAAAACGACUAUUAUAGGGAUCUGACAAAAAUGUUUUUGAAUAUUAGAAGGGGAAAUAUUUUACAAUUACUUGUUUAUUCGAGUAAUUUUACUAUUAAAAUGAUUCCCGAAUACCGACGUAUUUUGGCUACGAAUUCGGUGCCGUAUCGCUUUUCGGAUAGUUUCUCUCCUUUGUCAAAUUCUCCAACAAACUCCGAACCUAAUGUGCCCAAAGGUCGUUAAUUACUGGUAGUAGAAAAUAAAUUAAAGAAUGGACCAAAAAAGGAUUAUUUCAUUAAUUCUCCUCUUUAUGUUUUACCUUUUUCCUCAAAAAAAAUAUUUUUUAUAUUUAUUUAAAUAUUUAAAAUUAUGUAUACCUUCUUCACAUUUUUUUUCCUUUAUUCUCGAUAUA